AGUCAUUAUAGUCGUCAAGUGUAAAUAGUGUCCAAAUUUGAUGCAUGCAGACGUGUACACUUUGAGGCAACGUUUAUCCCGAAUCUUUUUUGCUUGUGUGCUUUAAAGCAUUUCCUUUCAUUUAUUAUUUUGUUUCCAAAAAAACAGAUUUACCAGAUUUCGAGACCGGUUAACGAUAAAAUUCCUGACAAUGACUACAUCGAAAAAAAUGUUAACACGCGAAGAGGAGCUUUUGCUUCAGGAUUUUUCCCGAAAAAUUAGCCGUAAAGCAAUGAUAAUGUUUUAUGGUAUUGCAUUGGUUGUAUCGAUUGUACCGCUUUGGUUAUAUCUUCGAAUCUAUCAAUUGGAAUUGGAAUCUUAUUGGAUUUUAUUCAUUAUUGGAUCAUUGAUCAAUACAUGGCUAGUUGCAUUCGGUUAUAAUAAUGUAAAAUUUGUUUUGAAACAUAAAAUUGCUCAAAAACGUGAAGAUGCUGUUGCCAAAGAAGUUUUACAAUCACUUUCCGGUCAACAACAAACAAUGAACAAAAAAGAAAAAGAUGAACGAAUUUUAUGGAAAAAAAAUGUUGUAGCCGAUUUUGAAGCAACAACUUAUUCAAUUUUCUAUAAUAAUGCUAUCUUCUAUACAAUGGUCAUACUUGGUUCAUUCUAUAUUUUCCGAUCGUUUAGUCCAACAUUGAAUUAUUUACUUUCGGUUGUUGGUUCGGGUGCUGUUGUUGCAUUAUUAUCCACUGGAUCAAAAUAAUAAUGAUGAGGGGAAAAUUUGAAAGAAGAAAUUGAUUUGUAUUUCAUACACAUAUUAUUUUUUUUUUUUUUAAA